AUGAAUAGCAGAGGUGUCGUUCAGUUAGUGGAUGCAUCAUCUGCGUUGUCGGUUUCCUCGGAGAUGGACAUCAUCGCAGAAGAAAUUGAAACGAUAUCAACAAAUGAAGAAUAUAGAUCUCAACCCAACGAUGUUUCAUUAGAUUCAAAGGUGUCAAAUAUUGAAAAAACUCUUUGCAGCAACAAAUUAUCGUCGCAAAUUCUGACAGAACUUGGAGAAUUGCAAGACGAAAAUACCGACACGUUUAUCGAUGAAGAGCACGAAUUGGAAAAGAAGAAAUUGAUUGUGUUGAAAGACCUGCAGAAAAAAUACCCGCAAUUCAGUUCACUUCGAGACCAACCUCUUCUUGUGCCGUUCAAACCUCUCGCCGAUUCAGCUCCAACAACCCCAACACCUAUACCACCAAAAGCCUCCGAAGAUGAAGAAGAAGGAGAUGAGCAAGAAGAGGAUGGUGAUGAAAACGAAACAAAAAAACAACAAACAGUGACAUCACCCACAACAAACGAACAACAGCAAUAUGAAAAACAACAAUACGAAAGGUCGAUUAUGGGAAACGCCACUCUGGCUGAAAUUUUAAUGGAAUUGGAAUUGGAAAAAGUGGAAAAGAAGAGAGACGAAAUUCUAAAUGCCAAAUCAUCAAUUUUAACAUCAUCUGCAGCUACCACUUAUAACUUCAGUUCAAUAUCAUCGGAUUUACAGAGAAAAUCUUAUCUUGACUAUCGCAAAGAGAGAAACGAAACUCUACUACAGCUCGAAAAAUUACCCACAGUAUCUUUCAAAGAGCCUUCUCACAUUUCGGCUGAAAAACAAUUGAAUUUUUGUUUGGAAAAGAAAAAUACCAAGGCCUAUAUGGAAAAUUUUGUCUUGUCUUUUUACAAUUACUGGAAAGAAGUUCAAAAAUUACAAUGUUACAAAGUCAUUACAAGAUGGCAAAAAUUUUCAGAUCGUUCGGACAUGAUCGUCAGAGCAGAACCUAUGCUUCAAUCUAAAUUGUCAAGAAUUCAGAAGGAAUAUGAACAUUCUUGUUCGAGACUGAAAGAAAUUUCUUCAGAAAUUCGAUCUAAUCACCCAAAGAAUAUUAUCAAAGUCACUGACCUUCAGACAAUUAUCCGAAAACAACUCUAUGAUGCUCGGGCAAGAAGAAAGGUAGAUCAAUUUUUGUUAAAAUCCAAGUGGCUGCCGUACUCUGAGAGAAGAACAUUAUUUAAAAAAGCUUUUGAUAUUCCAAAUGUACAGACCGAUGCAAGAGCUCCAGGAAUAUCUGUCGUUAAAUCAGAGAUAGAAGAGCAGUUGGAAACGCUAAAAGAUUGUGUCGAAAUGAAAAAACUUCCCUCUGAAGAGACAGGUCAAGAAUUUUUAUACCUUGUCAGAAAUAAGUUUGAUGCAAUAUUUAAAGCUCAAUCUGCAAAGCUGAAGGUUUUACCCUAUCCUUACAAAGAAAAUGUAAAUAACGACAAUAGUGGUUUAGGAGGGGAGAAGAAAACAGAUUUGGCGUCAGAUACUUUCACUUAUUUGAAAGAGUCUACUUGGACAAAUGAUCCUUCUUACAAAUCUUCAAAAGUUUUUUUUCCUCCUCAAGAUGCAUUUGAGCAAAAACAAACUAUAUUAAUGACCAACGAUUUACGAAUUGAUCCACAACUUCAAAUAGAGGCUGGGUUUUUACACACUACAGAAUUACAGUAUGCAAGAAAACGAUUGAAAGAUCAAGCAGAUUCUCAUUUCAAAAGAGCAAGAGUAGAAGAUGAAGUUCAGACCUAUCUUGAAGAAGGAUAUAUAGCUGAGCGAAAGUUACCUCAUAACAAUGAAGAAGAUUCCAAUGUGGAGGGGAAAGCGAUUCAGAAUAAGGUCGCAGCUUUAUACUUGCUCAGAUUCAUAAGAGUGCGUGAGUUUAAAAGAAAACUAUUGGACAUUCUUAAUUACUUUAGAUCCAUAGAAAAACGCCUUUAUUUUGACCAUAUUGGAUAUUUAGCAACAACCGAAAAUGCCAGUUCAAGUUUUAUUAGAAAAUUUUUCGUUUCUUCUGACGAUUUAGAAAAACUUGCUUCUACCGACUCUCUUCCUCUUAAUGCAACCUUCAGAGAUGAUAAAUAUUCUCUUCAUUUGAAGCGGGAUGUGGUAGUGAGAGAUGCAAAUGGACUUAAAAUUAUGUAUGAUGCUGCUCUAAAAGAUUAUGAAUUGCUAGAAGAACGUCUACUCAAAAUUGGAUCGUACUUUAUUGAAAAAAACUUGUCAUCUUUUCCUAAACUUCAAGUUGACAGAUUUGUGGUUCUUGAAGGAUUACUCGAAAGUGAAACAUGGUUCCAAGACUCUAAGCGUAAAGUCAUUGAUUGUUACAUGGAAGCGUAUGAACAUUGUUACGAACCAAAGGAACAAUUACGCUUGGCAAGCGCAAUCAUGCAAAUUAUGAAAAAAACUCCAAAGUUUAAUUUAGAAAGCCACUAUUUUUCCGAAAGUUAUGCGUCAGAAAUUAUUUGCUUAGAAUUAUAUCAUAGUUUACUGAAAGACAUUCUCAAGGAGCAAAUUAGGGAUGAAAAAGAUUAUCUUUCAUUCAUAUACGAAGCAAUUGAUCCGUCAACCGAAAGAAGUGGAUUUCCAGAUAAUGUAACUUUGGAUAACUUUGCACAAACAGAGCUCUUUCCUGGAUCCUCUAAAGUGGGAUUUCUUGAUUUUUAUACAUCAACAAGCAUCAUUGGUCGGAUUCAUGAACAUCUAGAAAAAGCUGUUAACAAUAUUACAAACUCAUUUAAAUUUAAGAAUGUUUUGUCUUUGAAUGCUGUACGACGAUCUGUCUUGCAGCAACUGAUAGUGGAAUGGAAAUUAAUUGCUAAGGAGGAAAAGAUCCAAAAGGCAAUUAAAAGUAAAUUAUCAGAAGAACGAUCUGCAAUUGAAGAUACCAACAUUUUAGAAGAUCCCAAUGAGUUGAUAUUUUUAUUGAACACUGUAAUAGACACAGAGAAAAUGCCAAAGCAUAAUACCGAUGAUCAAGAAAACAUGAUCACAAGAGAUACGGAAGGAGGAUUCUCCAUGGCAGAGAAAGACUCUAUACCGCUCCAAUACUUUUCGAAUUUAGUUGAAAUGAUCACCAUCUGGAAACAUUUAACAAAAGAACUGUUGGAAACAGACAUUCUGACCGCUAUCUUUAAUUCACAAGCCACUCUUGUUGGUACAGCACAACAGUCAAUGAACUCAGCCCUUGGACCUCUCAACUUUGACACCAAGGAUGCUUUGAAUGAUUCUCAGCACUCAUUCCCUGAAAUGAAAACACAGUACCUUACCAACUUGGCGAUCGUCGAGUUCGAUAGCUCAAUGGCAGAAGCCAAUUUCAACUCUUUUGAUGGCAUCAAACGAUUAGUUGGAUUAGUCGGACUGUUCGAGUUGAGACAUCUGUAUCAAUAUCAAAUGCUGCAAAAAAUUCUCUACGAAACCGCUGUAAAAUAUAAUCAGACGCCGCUCGACGAUUAUUAUGUGGCCCAAGAAAAGAAAGAAUUCUUUGUGACAUCAAUGAACACUCAAAAUGACACAUCUCAAUAUAUAACAAAGGAGGUUCUUCAGGAGUUAUUCUUGACAUUCAAUAACAUGAAAAUACCCAUACGUCAAAGAAUCCUAAAGGAAUACCAAAAGUUGUCCGAAGGUAUUAUCAAAAGCAAGCGAGCGAAUGUAGUUAGAAAAUAUCUAAGAGAUCUCAAAUUCAGACUUUCUGCGAGUUUUUGUACAUCAAUGCUGUCGACUAUUCAACCUUAUAUUUUAAAAUGCGAUAUUAUCGAUGUAGUUAGAGAGCUUAGAGCUACAUUAGGCGCCGUCUCAGUUGGCAGUGGAUUUUGA